CUGGAGUGGUUGUCUGCAAGCGAAUACAGCGAGCAGUGCGUUGCAGAGAGAGCGUAGGUUGGCACCGCGGGACCGAAAGAACGCCGCUGGAUCCUCGUAGGACCAGAGAGAAGACGCCACCGAGGGACUGGAGCUGUGCGCAGGUAAUGAUCGGGUCGAUGUGUGCAGGCACUGAAAACUGCACCAAUGAAAUUUUAGACCGCUGCAGGACCCUGCUGCAGCCAAUCUGAAAGUGGCAAGGAGGAAGCACGGUGGCAUCUUGAAGGAUGUUCUCGUCGGCCAAGGCCUUCGAGGGCCAGCAGUACUCCACUCUGAAGAAGCAGUGUCUACAGAGUGGCAGCCUGUUUGAGGACCCACUCUUCCCUGCUGCUGACCACUCACUCUUCUACCAGGGCAACCGCAUUGGGCGUGUGCACUGGAAGCGGCCACAGGAGCUAUGUGAUGAUCCUCAUUUGUUUGUGGAUGGGAUCAGUGCCCAUGACCUGCACCAAGGGCAGCUGGGAAACUGCUGGUUCGUGGCAGCAUGCUCCAGCCUGGCUUCUCGCGAGUCUCUGUGGCAGAAAGUUAUCCCAGACUGGAGGGAGCAGGAAUGGGAUCCAGAGAAACCAGACUCUUAUGCAGGAAUCUUCCACUUCCGCUUCUGGCGCUUUGGGGAAUGGGUGGAUGUGGUAAUCGAUGACCGCCUGCCCACUGUGGAGAACCAGCUAGUGUACUGCCACUCAAAUGACAGCAACGAGUUUUGGAGUGCCCUGGUGGAGAAGGCUUAUGCCAAAGUGUACGGCUGCUACGAAGCCCUGGAUGGUGGCAACACAGCUGAUGCUUUGGUGGACUUCACCGGUGGCGUGUCUGAGCCUGUGGACCUGCUGGAGGGCCAGUUUGCCCAGGAUGAAGUAGCCAGGAAUCAGCUUUUUGAGAGAGUUCUCAAGGUCCACAACAGGGAUGGCCUCAUAAGCUGCUCCAUCAGGGCGACUACAAUGGAGGACAUGGAGGCUCGGCUGGACUGCGGCUUGGUUAAAGGCCACGCCUACGCCGUGACGGAUGUGCGGAAGGUGCGCUUGGGCCACGGCCUGCUGGCUUUCUUCAAAUCUGAGAAACUCCACAUGAUCCGCAUGAGAAACCCCUGGGGGGAAAAGGAGUGGAGUGGGCCCUGGAGCGACAGCUCUGAGGAGUGGAAGAAGGUGAGCAAGAGUGAGAGGGAAAGGCUAGGCGUCACAGUUCAAGAUGAUGGAGAGUUCUGGAUGAACUUUGAGGAUUUCUCUCACUACUUCACUGACCUGAUUCUGUGCCGGCUGAUAAACACAUCCUACUUAAGCAUUCAUAAGACCUGGGAGGAGGAGGUGAUGAGGGGCUCCUGGAUGUACCGGGAUGACCCUCUCCGCAAUCGCUCCGGAGGCUGCAUCAACCACAAGGCCACUUUCCUGCAGAACCCCCAGUAUGUGUUUGACGUGAGAAAGGUGGAGGAUGAGGUUUUGAUCUGCCUGCAGCAGAAAGAGAGAAGGGCAACUCCCAAGGAAGGCAAAGGCGAGAACCUGGCAAUUGGAUUUGACAUCCAUCGGGUGGAGCUAAAUAGAAAGUACCGCAUGCACUCAGCUCAACAGAAGGUUGCUGGCUCAAUCUACAUCAAUUCUCGGUGCGUCUUCCUGAGGAAAGAGCUAAAAGAGGGCCGUUAUGUCAUAAUUCCCACAACCUUUGACCCUGGCCAGCAGGGUGACUUCUUACUCCGGGUUUUCACUGAUGUGCCUUCAGACUGCAAAGAGCUGACUCUGGAUGAGCCUCCUCAGACAUGCUGGACAGGCAUGUGUGGAUAUCCUCAGCUGGUCACCCAGGUGCAUGUGCUGAGUGCUGAAGGACUGCAGGGACAAGACUCUAAUGGAGCCUCAGAUCCAUAUGUGAUCAUCACCUGUGAAGGAGAGAAGGUUCGAUCUCCUGUGCAUAAGGACACACGUUGCCCCAACUUUGACGUUAAGGGGGUGUUCUACCGCAAGAAGCCAAAAGAGGGCAUUCAUGUUGAGAUCUACAAUAAGAACGUGAUUGUUGACACCUUCCUGGGUCAGGUGACCCUCUUCAGUGAUCCUAAUGACCGGCAGGAGCAGCACACAGUUCACCUGAGAGACAAGGCCAGUCGCCAAGACAACGACCUCCCAGGCACGCUGACAGUGCGAUUGAUCACCUGCACUAAUUUAACCAACAUCUGACCACUCAGUGACCACGACCUUAUCUGUACCCUUUCUUUAUCAUUCUCCCUUUAUCUUUCUAGAUCCCUCUUUUCUCUCUGUCUCUGUUUCCUUCAUCAGUUUUUUUAUCAUGUUUUCAUUAACCUUCAGUUAAAGAGUUAUCCUGCUCUGCCAUAUGAUUUUAUAGUGCUCAUUUUACCCUGCUCUGAUAGUAUGCAUAAGGGCUAUGCAUUAAUCUUGCGUGAGCAGCUGAGGCUGCCAUGGUAACGGGAACGUCUUCGUCACACGAUCAGCUGCAGGUUUGCACUGCCAGCUUACCUCAGCAGAAAUCCUCUCUCUUCAUCUCUCCUCCCCUCCCUCCCUACAGUCAGGCGCCCCCCACCUGUUCAGGUUCACAUUAGCAGUUCACGCUCCUCCAAGAUGAUCAGCCUGAAGAAGAGAUCAUUUACGGAGAUCAAGGACUAACUGGCCUGUGGUGUGCUUCCCCUCUCCCCCAAGCUGUCAUUAACAGAAAAAAAAACCCCAAUGUAAUCAAAAAACACUAAAAAACAAACAAACAAACCUAGUUUUCUCCACACACUGUUGUAAAGAGUGUGGCACCUGGCAGUUGUGUGGACUCCUGCACUGGGCUUUCACUGGAUGCUCCUUGGAUGCGCAGCAGCAUGCUUGAAGUAGCUUAACAACAGGAGUGAGAAGAGGAGGACGUGGGAACAUGGAGAGGGCUUCCUGCUCCAGCCAGCCAUCUCCGGGGACCAAAGGCCUUCCCAGCCUCUCUGCCAUGUCAUGUCCAUGGUAACGCCACUGCCUGAGGACAAAUAAAAAAUGACUGUUUAGCUUUUGCAUGUGCGUGUGCAUGUGUGCGUGUGCAUGUGCGCGUGAGUGGGUGGGUGUGUGUGUGUGUGUCUGUAUGUAUGUAUACCUCUUCUUAAUAAGUCCCUCAGACAUACUUAAAGGACAAUUAAGUCAUGCAUGUGUAAGCAGAGGGUGGAUUCCAUCAAUUCCAGUAGUGCUUUAGAGUGAAGGGUAGUUCUAUGGACACAUAAGCGCGCACACACACACACGUAAACAGACUCUGCAUGUAUACCUCACUCUGGCACUGAGGAUGGGACUAUGUGAGGAUAUGUGUGUGUUCUAUAGCUGGGUUCUCUUCAGCUACUGCCAAACAGAAUGUGCCAUGAUGUGGGUCUUAUAAAAACUGUUCUUCCACUCCACUAGGGGGCACUGCACUUGUACAUUAGGAUUAUCUCCCUUGAAUCACUUAUAGACACUUGCUGGAUAUUAUUACCAGAUCUGUGUCAUCUCUAAUGGCUAGUGUGCUGUUUCACUAGGAAUUGCUACAAAUCUAUUUAUACACUACCAUUAUCAGUUUAAGUGUUGCAACGAGUUCAUUUGCUUUGGACUUAAUGGGCUUAGCACAGACGAAUGAAGCCCAUAAUAUAAAUUAUUUUAAUAUAGUUUCAUGUGAUACAGUUUUUGGUGUUCUCUUAUAAUGGGUAAUUCUGCAAGAUGUUUUUGAAUGUCAGCUAUAGUGUAGAAUAGCUGAGCAGUUUAUUUAUAAAGUCACAUGUUUGAACAAGUUCAGCCACUCUUUAUUGCAUUACCUGAAAGAGGGCAUUUUCCUGUCAUUUUUUUCUAUCAUUUAAGAUGUUUCACACUGUCUUAAGGUAUUUAUCUUUCAUUUACAGAAAAUAAUCAAGAGUUACAAGUUUUAUAGUCACUGUGUUUACAGUUUUGCUCGUUAAACAAAACAAUAGAUUAACUCUAAGAUUGAAUAGUCAUCAUGACCUCCUGUGAACAGAGAAGUUAUCACCUUCCUGAAUGAGCACCAAAUUUCUCUUUUGGUCUGAAGGUUCAUGACCCAUGACGGAGAGGGUUUGUGUUUGGGGAGGGGAAUGUCACUUUACUGGUUUGAAUAUGCAGUGCCAAGAAUAUUAAGUGUUGGAUGUCAAAAGCAGAAGAGAGUUCAUGUCAAACAGACUCGCCCAAAGUAUACUGGGAAACAGGAGACACAGAGCCAGAGACAACGUGACUUCAUUCAGGAAAGAGUUUUCCUUUUGCACACCUUUGGUUUUAAAUAACCUAGACUGAACAACCUAAGCCAACUAAAGUCACCAAUGUUUCAGUCUCUAUGUAUAAUUUACUCAAUAUUCCCAAUUAGGAGAUAAAAAGGAAAGUUCUUACAGACUUUGCAGGGAUCGUGAGUGUUCUCACCACAUCAACAUAGUCAUUGCCUCUGAUGGCAGCCAAGCAUGACAGAGUAUGUUUUUUUCAUAAACAGAUUAGUAGAAUCAAUGAAAUACUAGUCAGAAAGAAAUUGUUAUCCAUCCAGUUAAUAUUGCUUGGGCCUUGUUCAAGAGAACUUUACUGAAAGUAUCAAGAUGUUACACCUUUGCAUGUAUCCCAAGGCAGAUCCGUGGCUUCAAGCUCUAGUAAUGUUUCUUACCAGGGUAAUAUCCGUCUGACUUUCUUCUUUAAUGACCUUCUGUCACUCUUCUGCUUUCUCUUCCACACUGCCAGCUUCAUAUAUUUUGAAUGUGUUGACUCAGUUCAAAUGCCAUGAAGGUUAUUAAUGUGCCAUUCCGAUUUGAGCCUUGAAUAUGUUUUUUUUAAUUGUAUUCUCUCUUUGUUUUAAUUGUAUUCUCCAUAUGUUUUUUCAGUUUAUCAAAGCUAACAAUCUUCAGUGUUUUAGUGUCAGACAUGCCAAAAGUAAUCUGGUUGUUGUACCUAUUCCAGACUGUGUUUCCCUUCAGCACCGUUUGCUUUAUCACAUGCUUAUUUUGUGCUUGGACAUAUUGUUCUCCAGUGUUACAGAUUAAUUGAGACUCACUAUAACAUUCUGUAAAAUUCAUUAUUGAUGUUGCUGCCGUUUCCAUAUGCAAGUAUAAGCUUGUGUUGCAUGUAAUUUAGGAUGAUAUGUACAAUGUCUGCCUGGCUUUGCCCAGGUAUGACUAUGUGAAAGUGGCAGUAGCCAGUAUAUUAUCAAAUACCUGCAGAACAUCCAGUUUCAGGGAUGUUAAUAUUACAACAAUAUUUUUUCAUCCCCUGAAGAUAUCAACAUGAAUGAUUGCAAAUAUGGAAAAAAUAUCAGCAGUUUGUAACUCACAAGAUACAGAAAAAGAUUGUUUUUAGGCAUCUUAAAUUUCCACCAACACAGUUCUGACAUACUGUUCUUGAGUGUUUCUUUCAGCUUCUGAUUAGUGGCACUGCUGUAUCUGCCUCGUAUCUCUGUCUCCUCUCUUUAAGGCGCUAGCUUGCUGGCCUGCAUUGCUGCAUGUACUGUGUCCAAUUGGAAGCGCUAUGCUCCAUCCAGAAGCGAGCCACCAUGAUGCAGCACAGCCUUAAGAGCCAGAGAAUGCUUGUAGAGAGUGUGACUUAUAAUUCUUGCUCUUUUUUCCCAGAGAAUGAGCUUGUGAUACUCUUGUAUUUUUCUGCCAAUGUUAAACUUGAAAUUGACACACAAAUAAUCCCUUGCAUGAUGACAUUCUGUAUACGGUAGCAGAUACUGGGAACUUUAUAAGAAGUAUCUUUUGUCAACAUUUUAUACCUCUUUGUUUAAUCUUUUAUAUCUAUCCAUUGUGUCUUGUGUUCAACAAAACUGAAUACUGUAUGUUUACUGAUUGUAUGGGUUCAGAAAACUGUAUCUUAUUUAUGUUUAGAUGUGUGUUUUGUUUUGGUGUGUUUGUUAAAGUCUCUCCUGGGUUACACUGUGGUUAUUUUAUAUUUUUUCUUGAAUUAGGCUAUUUAUUUUCUCUAUUUUGUAUUUUUGUCAACUUGUG